GUUUAAAUUAAUUCUAAUUAAGGGUCUGUUCUCUUCGACAUAAAACAGCUGGACUGAACUGAACUGAACUGAUCUGAACUAAACUUAACUGAAUUGAACUGAACUAAACUGAACUAAACUGAUCUGAACUGAACUGAUCUGAACUGAACUAAACUGAUCUGAACUGAACUGAACUGAAUAGUGACAUGUGAGAGUAAAAGUAUUGUCAAGAGCUGAACUGAACUGAAUUGAACUGAACUGAAGUGAUCUGAACUGAACUGAUCUGAACUGAUCUGAAAUGAACUGAACUGAACUGAACUGAACUGAAAAUAAGCUGAGGAGAACAGGCCCUAAUUUGUCCAUUCACCCAUAUCAGAAACAGGUGAAGCAUAUAUGCUAAUAUGCUUCACAUGACGAUGAAAACAACCAUGUUAAUCAAAUAGAUUAGGAUCCGCUCUCAAUAAUGGUUUUUAUAUAAGACCUUCUUGCAUUGAGAGUUUUUAGAUACGUUUUAGAAGAUCACCAAAGUGGAUAUUUUGUAUGUUUUGAGGUAAAAGCUAAACAGCUCAUCUUGUAUUUCGUUAUUGGCCAUUAAAUAUACUUUUAAGGAGAUCAUAUGACCACAUGAUACAUCCUAUGGAGUCUAUAUUUCAGGCUUCAUACACAUACAAAAGCAUAUAUUCUAAAUUUGGCUAAUUUGGUGCCAUUUCUCGACUUUUGUAAGCCCGACUACACUUUUGAUCUGGAAUUUUCCCAAGAGACUAUUAAUGUCUUGACACGACUCCAUGAUACAGCCAAUCACAACAAUCUUUCAUUCUUUAUAAGAAAGAAACUAACAUUAAUAUUGCAAUCCUCUACAAGAUUAUACUCUGUAUCCAAUCAAACAAUUUAUAACAAAAACAAGUAGUACAAUAACCAACAAACCCUAGUAGGGUCCCCAGAAAAAAUCAAACAAGUAAGAUGUUGUUGUAGCAAGAAAGAGCAGGAAUGAUGAUUGUACCAGCAACGACCAACUACCUUACCCCAACUUCAACAUCAUAACAGAAAAAAAGGUUAUAACUUCAAAUACACGAGACUAAAACAUCCCAACCUUCUUCAAUCUUACAUCUCUUAAUCUUACUUCCUCUCUAAUCCUUAACUUCUAACUCUUCAUUUCUUUUGUAAUCAUAUUAUAACCACUAUCAAAAGAUGGCAAAAUUGAGUUCUCAAAGUUCAGUAAUAAUAGUUUCAUAUUUGUGUGUUUUAGUAGUAAUUACACUAGUGCAACAAAGUGUUGUUAUAGUUUAUGCAGCAGCUGAUGUUAGUGAAGCAAAUGUGGGUGUUCAAGAUGGAAGAUCACAAUUUUGCAGCAUUGAUUUAGCAAGUUUUCUUCCUCCUCCAUAUGGAAACCUUUCUUAUAGCAGUUGUCAUCCUGUUUGGGAAACUUUUGUUUUGAGGUAUUACCAGAGCAACGAUAACAAAGUAACUAUUGUAUUAUCAGCACUAUAUACAGCAGGAUGGGUAGGGAUCGGAUUCUCGAAAGACGGGUUGAUGGUAGGUGGGAGCGCCAUGGUAGGGUGGAUCAGCAAAUCCGGGCAUGCAAAGAUCAAGCAGUAUUACUUAAAAGGUCGGAAGUCUUAUGAGGUUCUUCCUGGACAGGGGGACCUCAAUAUGACAGACAUUCCCCCUGUUGUGGUACUUAAUGGAGCUAAUCUUUACUUAGGUUUCCAGCUUCAGUUCAAUGCUCCUGUUGUACAGCAGCCCACUUUGCUAGCUUAUGGAAGCAGACUUCCCCUCAAUCACAAACUAACAGUCCAUGAUGAUAAAACCACCGUAUAUAUCGAUUACUCGACUGUAUCAGGUCCCGCUGCUGCAAGUGACGGCGGAGGUCUCGACAAGAUGAAAAGGAGCCAUGGAUUAUUGGGUAUGCUUGGCUGGGGACUUUUUCUUCCUUGUGGGGCUAUAGUGGCUAGGUUUCUGAAGCACAAGGAGCCUCUGUGGUAUUAUCUACACACUGUUAUUCAGUUUAUAGGGUUUCUCAUCAUAGUGGCGGGAGUAAUGGUUGGGCAAACACUUUAUGAUCGUAUCCAUCCAGAUAUUGCUGCACAUAGAGGCAUUGGGUAUUUUGCUCUCACCCUGAGCAUUAUGCAGGUAUUGGCAUUCUUCAUAAGGCCGGGCAAGGAAUCGAAGAUGCGCAGGCUUUGGGCUGCAUAUCAUCGUUGGUUCGGAGUCAUUACCCUCUUCUUUGGAGCACUAAAUAUCGUGCUGGGGAUUCAAGUUGGGGGUGCUGGUUCAGACUGGAAGAUAGGAUACGGAUUCCUACUUGGUUUCAUUAUUGUUACAGUAAUUGUUUUACAGGCUUUGUCCAUGCUAAGACGCUCAGAGAAGCCACCUCAACCUCCAGCUUACCAAAUGAGUUAACUUUUCCAAGCUUUGGAAUUUAGUUGUACCCUGGCAUUUGGAGUGAGAGUCUCUGGAUUUUCAUCAGAAUCUUCUAUCAAAACUAUGCUCACAAUUUUGGGAAGUCUGAACUAUUUAACUCAAUGGGAGAACUGAUAAGGAUGACUCUUUCACCUCAAAUUGCCAGGUUUCAGUUGCUAGGAAGUUCGAAAGACCUGCGAGUGGUUGUGUAAAUAUCACUGUGUUUCUUUUUUGCCCCCUAUGAAAUUUAAGGUUUUUUCUAUUUCUUUCGUUAUACAUGUUGCUAAGACUAGAAAUUUGUAAAAAGGAAAUGUAACAGGGGUUUUAAGAACCAGGCGAAACAUCUGCUGUGAAAUUAAGGAAGAAAUACUUGCACUUUUCUCAUCUAUAAGGCAAUGCAACUUUAAUGAUAUGGUAUAAAGUCAUAAAUUUAAAAAAAGAUGAUGGUGGGGGAAGGAGAAACUAGUAAAUUGGCUGGAAGAGAAGCAAAAUGUCAAUACCUCGUCAAUAAAACAGCUGAAGCAGUCAGUACUCAGUAUACACAGUAGAACAAAAUUGUACAUUUGUACUAAUCACUAUCAAUGCCUUGCAAUAACCAUAACCAAAUUUGUGUGUGCAUUCUGCGAAUCAAAAUUCGUGAUUUUCAAAUCUUCGAUAUAUAUCAGGUUUUUGAGCAUUCCUUCUUUUUGGAGGAAGAGAAAAAGUCACCUCGCUCCUUAACUUGUCUUCCAAUAUAGACCU